AUGCAGCGUGCAAUGGCCUCGCGGGCAAGAGCCUCGGCGCUCUCGGGCCUGCGCACCUCGACCACCACCGGCCUCAACCUGACACAGCGCCGUUUCGCCCACAAGGACCUCAAGUUCGGCGUCGAGGGCCGUGCCGCACUGCUGGCCGGUGCCGAGACCCUGGCCAAGGCCGUCGCCACGACUCUGGGUCCCAAGGGCCGUAACGUCCUCAUCGAGUCCAGCUUCGGCUCGCCCAAGAUCACCAAGGACGGCGUCACAGUUGCCCGUGCCAUCACCCUCAAGGACAAGUUCGAGAACCUGGGCGCCAAGCUGCUCAUGGACGUCGCCUCCAAGACCAACGAGGUUGCCGGUGACGGCACCACCACCGCCACCGUCCUCGCCCGCUCCAUCUUCUCGGAGACGGUCAAGAACGUCGCCGCCGGCUGCAACCCCAUGGACCUGCGCCGCGGUAUCCAGGCCGGCGUCAACGCCGUCGUCGAGUUCCUCCAGAAGCACAAGCGCGACAUCACCACCUCCGCCGAGGUCGCCCAGGUCGCCACCAUCAGCGCCAACGGCGACACCCACAUCGGCGCCCUGCUCGCCAGCGCCAUGGAGAAGGUCGGCAAGGAGGGUGUCAUCACCGUCAAGGAGGGCAAGACCGUCAACGACGAGCUCGAGGUCACCGAGGGCAUGCGCUUCGACCGCGGCUUUGUCUCCCCCUACUUCAUCACCGAUGCCAAGUCGCAGAAGGUCGAGUUCGAGAAGCCCCUGAUCCUGCUGUCCGAGAAGAAGAUCUCCGCCGUCCAGGACAUCAUCCCCGCCCUCGAGAUCUCCACCCAGCAGCGCCGCCCCCUCGUCAUCAUUGCCGAGGACAUUGAGGGCGAGGCCCUGGCCGUCUGCAUCCUGAACAAGCUGCGCGGCCAGCUGCAAGUUGCCGCCGUCAAGGCCCCCGGCUUCGGUGACAACCGCAAGUCCAUCCUGGGCGACAUUGCCAUCCUCAGCGACGGCACCGUCUUCACCGAUGAGCUCGACGUCAAGCUCGAGAAGGCGACCCCCGACAUGCUCGGCUCCGUCGGUUCCAUCACCAUCACCAAGGAAGACACCAUCAUGCUCAACGGUGAGGGCUCCAAGGACAUGAUUUCGCAGCGCUGCGAGCAGAUCCGCGGCGUCAUGAACGACCCCUCCACCACCGAGUACGAGAAGGAGAAGCUGCAGGAGCGUCUGGCCAAGCUGUCGGGCGGUGUCGCCGUCAUCCGCGUCGGCGGCUCGUCCGAGGUCGAGGUCGGCGAGAAGAAGGACCGCUUUGUGGAUGCCCUCAACGCCACGCGUGCCGCCGUCGAGGAGGGUAUCCUGCCCGGUGGUGGUACCGCCUUGAUCAAGGCCGCCAGCCAGGCCCUGGGCGAGCUGAAGCCCGACAACUUCGACCAGCAGCUGGGUAUCUCGAUUGUCAAGAACGCCAUCACCCGCCCCGCCCGCACCAUUGUGGAGAACGCCGGUCUUGAGGGCUCCGUCAUCGUCGGCAAGCUGCUUGACGAGUUCGGCACCGACUUCAACAAGGGCUUCGACAGCUCCAAGGGCGAGUACGUCGACAUGAUCCAGGCCGGUAUUCUCGACCCCUUCAAGGUCGUCCGCACCGGUCUCAUUGACGCCAGCGGUGUCGCCUCGCUGCUUGGUACCACCGAGGUCGCCAUUGUCGACGCACCUGAGGAAAAGGGCCCUGCUGGCAUGCCUGGCGGCAUGGGCGGCAUGGGCGGUAUGGGUGGCAUGGGUGGCAUGGGCGGCAUGAUGUAA